CAAAAUCCGGCGACUUCGCAGCAGCCGGGGGGACGAGGAGAGGAGAGAGAACGGGGAGGCGUCUCAAAACGCCACCGCCGCGCGCGCCCUAAAACCCCAGCAACCAACCUCUCGUCUCCGCCGCUUCGCCCUCCUCCGGCCGCCCGUGCAGGCGGUGCAGCCUCCCCUCCCCCGUCUCCUCCCUACCUCGGGGGGAAACGGGGCCCCGCGGUGAGAUAAGGAGAGUGAACAAGGAAAUUAUCUGAAGUAGAGUCGGCUAAUGGAUACAAAUGUAUUGACCCCCUCCGGACCAACUUCAGAUCAAUAUACACUAUUACCAAGAUGACUAAAAGUAUAAGGGGCAAGAAAUGUUCAUCUCGUCAGCUCAGAUCACAUAAUCGGAGGCUCUUCAGCCAAUGCAAUUUCAAGAGAGUUGCUAACAAGGAAUUGGCAGCAACAGAGAAAUGUGCGUGGAAAGAUUCAAUCUGUCCAGUUUGCUUGGAAUGCCCACAUAAUGCUGUCCUUCUACUUUGUUCGUCUCAUGAUAAAGGUUGUCGUCCAUAUAUAUGUGCAACCAAUUACCACCAUUCAAACUGUCUUGAUCAACUCAUAGAUUCGCGGAGAAGCUCAAAAGAUUGUGAGGACCUAGACUCCAUAGAGCUUACAUGCCCCCUUUGCCGUGGUGAGGUUAAGGGAUAUACAUUGGUUGAACCUGCUCGGGAACAGUUGAACCAAAACAAGAGGAGCUGUAUGCAAGAUGGUUGCUCAUACAUGGGUAGUUAUGGAGAGCUCUGCAAGCAUGUAAGAAAGAAGCAUCCUUCAGUGAAGCCUCAUUCUGUGGACCCUGUACAUACUUACAGAUGGAGGCGACUUUUAUUCCGGAGUUCACUGCAAGAUAUGAUCUGUGCAACGAGUUCACCAAUGGUGCGGAGGGUUUUGUAUGUUAUGUUGCAGUUUGAGGAGUUGAUGGCAUCUGUUUGGCACGAAGGUCCUCAUGGAGCUAUGCAAAUCAAUGAAAUGAACUUGGCUGAUCCAUGAUCUCAACCUCACUGAAAUGUGAGAAUAUCUUAUGCUGUUCUCGCAAUGGGGUCAGUGAUUUGAGCCAUGCUGAUCCAUCAUGUGUGACCUGACACAGAAAGAUAUAGCUUUUUUAGUUUUCUGUUCUUGAGGGAAUAUUUGUCACCAUCUUCAGAAGAAACAGAUCCUAUCCUAUGCUGCCAUGAAUUCAAGAAACCUGGUCAAAUUGUGGGUGGAAUGUGGAAUGGCGUUGAAGGCUUUUGUUGAUACUAUCUCAUUGUAGUCCCCCCUUUGUGUCGUGUGAUGAAUUGAUCCUGUGCAUCCCUUUUGCACUGUAUUGACAUUACAUUCUAUUCGGAAAUGCAGAGUUCACUUGCUCCUGUA